AUGCUCGAAGAUUUUUAGUUAUAUAAAUCCAGAAAUCUCUAUGAUCAAAUUCCUAAAAAUCCAUUGCUUUCAUCAAGCUAGGAUUAGUUUGUUAUUAACAAUACUCUAUCAUAGCUACUUCAUUACAACACAUCUCCAUCUUAAAGUAUGCAGACUUAUUAGAGAUAUACAGAUAAUCUCAAUCAGUAAAAUAUUUCGCUCUCUAAUGCUAAAGCUUUGGGUUAAAACUAAAUGGAAUACAAAUCACCAUUAGGAGUUCGAGUUAAUGCUAACGACUUGAUUGGAUUUGAUUACAAUAACUUUUUUAACUAAAUCAGAUCUAAUAGCGCAUAAAAGAUUCAUUAACAAGCCUAUUAGGAUCCUUUAUCUAAUGACGUUCAAGCACUAUAAAUGCAGAAUAUGUAUAUGUCAAGAUUACUCACUUAACUCCAAAAUUAAAACAGUAUUUAAAAUCAAAGAGUGAUUAAUGUAAAUUAGCCAAUUCAGUUUUAAAAUCAAUCUGUUUAACAAAAUUAAAACUCUCAGAAUCCAACAUCUAUCACAAUCAGAUCAUCUGGUGUAAAUUCUCAACUUAUGAUUCAAAAUAUUUUGGAAUAAACUUUGCAACCUUUAAAAUCAUUAGAUUCCCUCAAAUUCACGAAGGUUAUUAAUGAUGCAGCUUCAUAAAUUACAGCUGAACUGCUAAGGAAGUCAAGACAAGGUAAAGAAAAUGAAGAUCAAACAAGAUUAAGUAGGAAUACUAAUCAUGAAACAAACUAUGAUAGAACUCAAUCAAAUUUAAGUGGUAGUAGCAAAAGAAAGCUGAAGCCAGAAGAGUUCAUUCAAAAUCUUCUAGGUAAAGCCAAAACUUAAAAAUAAAGGUAGAAUCUUUUGAUAAAAGCACUUUUAUCAUAAGUUGAUAAAAACAAAGCUAGAAGCCAAAAAUCAAAUGCAUCUUAAGAAAAAAUUGAAGACCUGGAUUAAGCAACACUUAGUAUUUAGAACGACUCUCCUUAUCCUUAGAGAUAAAAAUCUCAACCUAGAAAAAAGGAGAGUAGUUCAUAAAAUACAGGUUUAUUAGGCAAGGGCCUUGGAAAAUCUUUGAAAUUAAAAAUUAGCAGGACAAAGUAGAACACUCCUAGCUAACCAUCAUCUAGAAAUAUGAGAAAGUAAAUUGCUAAUUAAAUUCUAAAGAAAGCUGAAAUUAUCAAGACACCCUCGCUUGAAAGUUCAUAACACAUUCAAAUACCACAAAAUAAAUCUUUGGAAUUUUUAUCAUAAAGUUUCAAGAAAAAAGUUAGUUUUAAAGAAGACAAGGAUGGAAACUCUUAGAAUUAAAAAAAUCAAUAGGAUAAUAAUAUAUCUCGAGACAGUCUUCCAAGAAUAAGUUCAUUAGCCUUGGCAUUAAAAGAGGCUAAAUUAAAAAAGUAACAAGAAUUAGAAGAUUAGCAAAAAUUGCAAUAGUAAUAGUAAUCAACAAUAUAAUAAGAUUAGAUUCAGUAACAAAAGUCAAUAAAAAUUGAAUAAAAUGUCAAUAGACUUCUAGCAUAAUAUCUUUCUUAAAAUGCUAUCAAAACCCUCCCUUAAGGUUAAAAGUUGGCUAUAAGUAAUCUCAAUAUCCCUACCUCUAAGCAAGAAGCUUAAUACUCGUCAAGAAAUAAAUUGUCUGCUAGAAAAUUCUAAUCUGAAAAAAUAACUGAAGAUAGAUUAUGA